AUGACGUCGCACCACCAUCGGUCCGGGCCGCUCAAGCAGAAGAACAAGAAGCACAAGACCGGUCGGCAUGAGUCCAAGACGCUGCUGGCACGGCGCUUGGGCGGCAAAGUCGAAGGCCGUCGGGUCAGCGUGCGCAGCACUGGCUCGAGCAACGGCAGCAUGAGCCUCGCCGGUCAGAAAGCCGUGCGGCUCCAGCGCCAGAAGCAGCUGCGGGGCCACAAGCGCGACGAGCUGCUGUUGCAGCGGCGGUUUGGACUGGGCGGGUCGCUGGGGCCUCCGAAGAUUGUAGCGCUCGUGGGGCUCAGUGGCCAGGCCCAGUUGGCCCACGUGCAGCAGAGUAUCUUGGAAAGUGCUUCGGCCGUCGAGGAACCACUGGCGCACGACAGGACUGUUGUCGUUGCGCUCAAGAACUGCACGACGGGCGUGUUCCUACAGCACAAGCAGAAAAUCAGUGUCGUCGCCUGUGGCUGCGACUUGCUGGUGGCGUUAGACGCCGCCAAAGUGGCCGACGUGGUCGUGUUUGUGCUGUCGGUGCACGACGGCGUCGAAGGCGGGCUGAGUCCGGAAGGCAUGCAGAUCGUGUCGGCUGUCCGGGCGCAGGGUCUGCCCACAACGGUCGGGUUGAUCCAGGGACUCGAGACGCACACGGCCAAGGGCCAGGCCGAGCUCAAGAAGCUCGGGCACAAGUUCUUUGCCGCUGAGUUUGGCGAGAGCACGAAAGUGGCCAUGGCGCAUGUGCCUGGGCAGCUGUCGCGCGUGCUGUUUACGCUGUCGCCAAAGGUGAUCCACUGGCGCGAGGCGCGAUCGUACAUGCUGGCGACAACGGCGACGUUCGUACCUGGUCUUGAAGCGCUGAACGAGCAGGGAGAACAGGUGAGCGAGUUGCAGGUGAAUGGAUACGUGCGGGGCAAACCGUUGUCGGUGAACCAGCUGAUCCACAUUACGGACGUAGGGACGUUCCAGUUGAGUCGCAUCACUCGGGCAGCCACGCGGCAGGUGCAGCACGGAAAGCUGGACGUCGACAUGGCCACUCGACGUGCUGCUACGCCUGAAGUCGCUGGACUAGAGCACGAAGUGGUGCUUGCAACAGCCGACCCGGCGCUGCAGGAAGACUUGCGCUUUGAAGCCGAGUACGACCCGUUUGCUGCGGAACAGACGUGGCCGACGAACGAAGAGCUGGCGGAAGCCGAAGCCGAAGCGAAGAAGCAGCGGCAGGCGGAUACUGCAGCUACGAAGGGGGCUUCAGGGUACCAGGCUGCGUGGCUGGAUGGGGAAGACAAUGACGUCGACGCGGAGGACGGAAGCGUCCAGGACAAUGACGACGAAGACGACUCGGAGGCGGUCAACCAGGACUUCUGCAAGACCGGCGACGAUGACGACGACGACGAUGACAUGUUCAUGGUGGACGAUGAUGAGAGUGUCGACCCGGUUCAACAGCGCCAAGACGAAGCAGAGAACAUGACGUUCCCCGACGAGGUCGACACGCCUGCCGAUCAGCCUGCUCGCGUGCGGUUCGCUCGCUACCGCGGCAUGAAGUCGUUGCGCACGAGCGUGUGGGACCCGAAGGAGUCGCUGCCGAUGGACUACGCGCGGCUGUUCCAGUUUGACGACUUUGCAAUGGUCCAGCGACUUGCUCUGGCGCGCGGCAAAGACGCCGAGCGGGCCAUGAAGGAGCAGCUGCGCCGCACGGUCAAGACGCAGCAGCAGGUCCGGUCCCGUGCGUCGUCCAUGGCGAUGGAAGACGUCGAGGAGGCCACUGCUCCGUCUUGUUCAGCCAGUGGGGCACUGCUCCCGGACGAGUUUGGCAGCAUGGGCUACGUGCCGUCCGGUGUGCUCGUCACGCUGCACCUCCAGCGUGUGCCCGUGGCAAAGCUACAGGCGCGUCUCCACGCUGGCCCUCUGGUCAUGGGGGCGCUGCUGAAGCACGAGAACCGCCUGAGUGUGCUCAACUUUUCCAUCCAACGCGCUGCGUCGUUUGCAGGUGAGACGCUCAAGUCGAAAGAAGAGCUCUCGUUUCACUGCGGCUUCCGACGGUUCUCGGGCAAGCCCAUCUUCAGCGACCAGAGCCUCAAGAGCGACCAGCACUUGUUCCAGCGCUUCCUGCCGCAAAGUGGGUGGAGCGUGGCGACCGUGUACGGCCCCGUGACGUUCCAGCCGGCUUCGCUACUGCUGUUCAAGCCCGACGGUCAGCUUGUGGCUUCGGGGACGCUCAAGAACGUGCACCCCGACCGCGUGGUGCUCAAGCGCGUCGUUCUUACGGGGACGCCGGUCAAAGUGAAGAAGCGCAAGGCAGUGGUGCGCUACAUGUUCCACUCGCCCGAGGAUAUCCGGUGGUUCAAGCCGGUGGAGCUGGCGACAAAGCACGGCCUCACGGGUCACAUCAAGGAGUCGCUGGGCACGCACGGGGACCUCAAGGCCGUGUUCAACAAACCCAUCAAGCAGCACGACACUGUGUGUCUCCAUCUAUAUAAACGCGUGUACCCCAAGUUUCCGACAAAGAACCCUCUGUCCAAGUAG